AUGCAGCGAAUGACGAAGGAUCUGGAGCGAGCACGGCUUCCGCUGGUGGACAGCCUGGAGUUAUAUGUGGAGUGGCGUGCUGGCAGCACGUGCGUGGACGAAGUCAAAGUGAAUCAGAAGAAUCCCGUCAGAGAGAAUGAAGAGUUUAUCGUAUCCUGUAUCGCCCAGGGCUCCUCGCACAUGACCUUCACCUGGUUCAAGGAUGGUGUAUUUGUUAACCACAGCAAGUCCAUCAGGAAUAUGUGGACGAAGCUGAUACCUAUGGGAUCAGAAGACCAGUACAACGCAAUGCUUGGAAUUGAGAGUGCCACUCCUUUGGACGCCGGUUGGUACACGUGCCAAGUCGUCGACUUGGAGGUGCAACAGUGCAAGUCUGUAUACGUCGAGGUGCUGUCUCAGCCACAAGUCAAGAUCUCCCCAAUGAGCGUAGCGGUGGAACGGGGAGAAGACGUGACAGUGAAGUGCAUGUCGACGAGCAGCUACCAGCGGCAUGAGAAGUAUGGCUACAACUGGACAAAGAACAAGGCUCUGUUCCCCAUGAUGCGAAACAAAAUUAUCUGGGAAGAUUUGUAUCCAUCCGGGAGCAUCCUCAAGAUCUUUAAAGCGCAAAAAUCAGCAAUAUUCGACUGCCAGGUGCAAGGCAGCGUGGCGAGCAACUCCGCGAGCGUUACGGUGGAGGUGGUGAACAAGUCUGUGGUGGCGCUGACCGCCGUGCCCUGCCCCGCCACCCACGCGGGCCGCGCCGCCACCCGCCGCUGCGUCCUCACCGACACUCACCGCGCCUCCUGGCAGCGCCCCGACUUCUCGCAGUGCCGCCGGCCCGCGCUCGCCCACAUCCACAGGAAGCAACCGCCAGCAGCUUCGCCAGCAGCCUCGCCAUCUCCGACCAGAGUGCCCGGAAAUACGGCGAUGCAGCAACAGCAGCGGCGGCUGCAAGGGCGCACAGUCAGCAGCCGCGGGCCGUCGCGCUUCAAAUGCCGUGGUAUUGACCUCGCCCGCCAUCGUUACUUGCAGUUCCAAGCCAAUGGUUGUAAAGGAGCUGGAUUUAUCUUGUUGACUUUGGGAUAUCAAAACACAACUGGAGCAGAAACACUCGCUGACACAUUAGCUCUCCUCAAAAAACUAACCAGGUUAUUACCAGGUGAAGGAGAGCAAGUCUUGGAUUUGCUUCAUGACGUCCAAAGCUACUUGAAUCAAACAAAUUUCCUCGAUGACAUUCUCGCUUCCGUGAAUGACUUCUACGAAAUAAUAAGUAUAUUACUGGAUAAUCCAUUUUCCAUCCAAAAUCCUGAGAAAAUCGUACAGUUACAGGAACUUGUGAAUCAAGAAAGUAUUAUAUGGGGCUCAUUUCUGAUCCCGAUGAAGACAUAUAAACUGCAAUUAAGUUCAAUUGAGCUUAUCGUCUCUCCAUUUAAGACUACAUCACUUACGGGAAAAACUUUUCAGAAACAUUUCACCAGUACUUCCACAACAGUAAUUAAUAAGAUGACUAUUUACAUUGAUGCUCUGAAAAGAAGAGCAUACUUGAAUGGAACUUACUGCAUUGCUGUGGUUAUCUACAGAAACCUAACAAGAUUUCUUCCUGCAAGAUACUCCUGCAAGAUGGGGGAUGGGACUGAAAUGGAGUAUGAAAUCAAUUCACAAGUUGUAACAGUCCAACUAGGACAUGGCAGAUCACUGCUCCAUCCGGCUCCUGGUACCUUCCAAGUGGAUCUUGAAAUGGAACAAGUGAUAAAAGAAUACAACCCUUUAAGAUGGAAGAGUACUUGCGCAGUGACAAGCGUUGCUCAGGUUGAGCAUUCUUGGAAUAUAGAAGGCUGUAAGACACACACUGGAGCCAACAACAUUUCCAGCUGUCGUUGCUAUCAACCUGGAAGUUUUGCCAUUCUAAUGACGUCUCAUAAUGCAGUGCUUACUUCUGCACCUACUAUCAACCAACACCUGAUUCCUUUGGUGGGCUGUAUUGUAUGUUUGCUGCAAACUAUGAUGACACUAGUUCUGCUUCUACCCCAUUGGUGGUAUCAUCAAAACUGUCUUGUGUUCCUGAAACUACAGUGUAGUUUAGCUGUCAUGGCUGCAAUGAUUACAUUUGUAUACGUCUUUCAAGGAAGUGUUGGAAAGGAGUUCUUUCCAUACGUAACUACUAGUUUAGAAGCAUUUAUGUUGAUUGGUAAUUCAUCACACAUCAGCAAAUUGCUAAUUGUGUACACUGAAGUGGUCAAAAUUCCAAAGGUGAAACAUCUUAAACAAACUGUAAUUUGCAUCAUAACAGGUGUUCCAGUUCUGGCACUUCUUUGCAGUCACUUAGUGCAUCAUUCAACAGAUUGGAACUUAAACUCCUGGUGGCUCAUUAUUGGAAGCACUACAUUCAAUAUAUUUAUAACUUCGAUCACAAUAAUGCUUCUUCUAUUUGCAUUCCUGUAUUUCAUGGUUAUCAGAAAACUGUCCAAUUAUUCAAGAGAAAGACACUCAGGAACGAAGAGUGUUAAAUAUCGAACUGGUCUUCUAAAGAGAGCUGGGAUCAUAUUUCUCAUGAUGGUCAUUGUGGAAAUUUCAAGUAUACUCUACAUCAAUCUCCAAACUGUGACAUAUCAUUAUGUAUUCAGUGUUUCAACAAGCUUGCUGGGCUUCUCAGUACUAGUAUGUUACAUUAUAUCAAGUGAAUGUCCACUACAUACAAAAUUGCUUCAUAAGCUGAAGUUAGUGAAAACAACAGAUGUGGAUUUCAGCUCUGAAUCAUUAAACAGCCCUCUUCGAUGUAAGUAUGACCCUUACUAA